AUGGACGACCUGAUAUGUGUCCCAGAUAUUGGGGGUCUGGAGGAGCGGCUGCUGACGCGAACCGAGAAGCGCGCAAGAGCCGCACGGCGUCUCCUCGAAGCCGCCGAGGCAAACAACACACAAAGAGUUCUCACACUUCUGAAGGAUGAAGCUGACCCUACAGCAGAGGACGCCGGUCAGUGGAGCGCCCUGCAGUGGGCUGUCCUCCAUGGCAACGAGGAACUCAUCCGGGAAUUGUUGCGGUAUGGAGCAGCAGCACCACUGCUUCUACAGGAGCAGCAGCAGCAACAGCCGCCUGUUGAGGCGCUGCCUUGGCAAGUUCUGCCGCAGCUGCAGCAACGCCUGCUGCAAGAGCAACACCGCAGUCAGUCUGAGAAAUACCAAGGGAAAUAUUCCUCCGCAGAACUUCCCCAGGAAAACACCUCUUCUCCAACCCGCGUAACACCCGUUGAUGGUGCCACUACUGAGGGAGGUGCUGUAGAAAGGCCAGCAGCACAGUCCCUUGCAGCUACAGAAGCUGCUGCUCCCCAGCAACAGCAGCAGGAGGCAGAGCCGCACCAAGCGGCCCAGCCUCUUGAGCUGGAGCCCCUGCCGGCACCCUCGGCAUUAAGCGACGUGAUAGCAACUAAGGAAGCCUCGGCAGACUCCAAAGAGCAACCUCUGCAUUGGGCUGCCUAUAAGGGAGCGACGCGCAUCUUUCAUGUUCUGCUUAAGGCCGGAUUUUCUCCCCACGUGAUGGACUCAUUAGGCAACACGGUGCUGCAUCAGGCUGCUGCUGGCGGCUCUCUGGAGAUGGUAAAGGCGGUGCUCAGUCUCGGGAUCCCAGUCGAAAAAAGGAAUGCUAGAGGCCAUACUGCAGCAGCUAUUGCUGCUGAAGCAGUGCAACACUUUUGGGUAUAUACUUCCCCAGAAGCCACUGAGUGCGAGCAGCUCGUCACCUGGUGCAACGUCGCCCAACGAGCAUCUCUAGCAGCAGAAAAGCGAUUGCUAGCUGCCUUGGAAGAGCGGUCUCUCGAGGCACUCCAGCAGGCUGCACGAGAUACAGAGGACUACCCCUUGGACUGCCGCUUGGGAAAGCUAUUGAAAACUGAGACAAAGAGGCUCGCCAUUGAGGCACAAAUCAGGAGGAUUCUAAAACUAGUUGUGAGUAGUAGAGCAUCUUUGCGAAAUGGAGCGCUUGUUGGUGCAAUUCAGGAGGCAGAGAAGCAGCACCAGCGACAACAAGAGAAUCCACAGGAUGUGCAGGAGGACGCCGCACUCAAAUUGAAGCCAGACAGGCUUUCUAAACCGCUGGAGGGCGAAGGAGGGCAGCGCGAGGAAAAUGAGCUGCCUCCCGAAACAGGAGAACCCUCAAACAAGCAUGACCCGCAGCAUAUGCUGCAGCUGGACUUGCAGGAUGAUUCUCAGUUGAUGGAUGAGCUGGCAAGCUUGGUUAUCGAGGGGGUUGCGGCAUGCUGCAAUAGUACACUAAUGCAGCAGCUGCAGCAUUGCCGCCGUUUGCUGGUAGCUGAGAAAAACCUUAAAGACCUUCUGCGGUGUCUCCGGCGCUCCAAUGAAUGCCCUGAGCCUUCUUUUUAUGAGAGGCUGUGCCUAUCUUGGGAGGAGACUCGAGCCAUCAGUUCAGAGCCGGAACUGCUGGAGGAGGCGGCAGCAGAGGCCUCCAGAGCGGCACGCCACAUGUAUGCAUUCUUCCUGCUUGAUCUCCUCUUGUGA